AUGGAAGAACAAAUUCCCCAGAAAUCUGCUUCCAUGAGUAGCGAAGAACAGUCUCCGAAGUUUCCAACUUGCGAGACAAAAACAGACAAGAAUCAAAGUAUACAACAGCAGUUUUCAGCUUUCCAACAGCCUCACCAAAUCGACCCCUCGUCUUAUUCCACGCUUCAUGGAAGUCCUGUAUCCCAGAUGCCUUUUUAUCCACCACGCUACUACUAUCAGUAUUACCUUCCAAAUACAGCUAGCCUUCCUUCAUCUGUCUUGAGCUCGUGUGGAAUUUAUCCCAAUGUACCUCCGAGUGACGGAGUAAAUGACUGUCGACCGAAGGACAAGCGUCGACGUUGCAGAACUGUCUUCACUCAAGAACAAUUGUCUAUCCUUGAAGCAGGGUUUAACGAACAACAUUACCCUGAUGGUAAACUACGUCACACUAUCGCUACUAAGAGUGGCUUGGCUGAGGACCGUGUUCAGGUGUGGUUCCAGAACAGACGAGCAAAGGAGAAGCGUUUGUUAGAGGAAAAGAAACAGAGCUCCAUGCCAGAACGAAAAGAAGAGAGCGACCACGAGACUAUAAAUGCCAUUCAGACAAUCGUUAGUUCAGACGCAAUCGUUCGUGACGAAAAUGUAUGCGCGGUGGAACAGAUAAAGGAUACUAUGUAUGAUAAUACAGAGUCAUACGGAGGAAGUCCCCAGGAGACUUUCCUGAUUGACAGCCAUCAAUCAAACAAGCAACUACUAAUGACACCAUGCAUGGAUGUAGCCUCAAGUCAAAGCGCCAAUUCCUCCACCACAGCCAACCCAGUCAGUACGACUGAACAGACCGUUCUCGAAAACUCUUACAAUGAAGGUGAUUUAACGGAAGCCUACUCGUUGGGAUCUUCAUCUCAAAAUCUUCCAAGAUAUAUUUUUAGCUCAUAUUCUUCGACAAGUCAUGAUGGAGCACUAGAGACUCCGGUGCGAUGUCAUCUCGUAACCGAUACCAACGAACAAGGAGAACUUACCGAGCUUGUUGUUAUGGACACUGGAAUCCAGUCAAGUGCGGAUGGUGUCAGUCAUUCGUUCGAAAACCGAUACGACGCAUACACAGAAAACCACGUAAUAGAGGAAAUUUGA